AUGAACCGCGCUAUCCUCCUUGGCGCGUCGUUGUUCGCUUCAGUGUAUGCGCAAUGGCCAUGUGGCAAUAUAGAGGAGAAACAUCCACCUCUCACCUGGUAUCACUGUGAUCAAAAGCCUUGCCAGAAAUUCUACGGUGCCGUCGUUCUGGACUCCACGCUACGUGAAACAAAUUGCUGCGCCGGUAGCUUCAACAUCAAGGAUUUACACAGAACAGACUGCAAAAAGAAGGACAAAGACACCUGCCCCGUGGAUUGCUGUAUCGAGGGCGCUGACUACCAAGCUCAUGGCAUAUCGACCGACGACACUAGCCUGACACUGGACCUCGGCGCCAGCGCCCCUCAUACUCCGAAAGAUCUGAUUCGGGUGUUUGCUUUGAAGGAGGACGAGCGUUACCUGGCACCUCGUUUGAUCGACCAACGCGAUUCAGAGUAUACUUUCGAUCUGGAGAUUCGAAACGUCCCCCCAGGUUAUAAGGCCAGAGUGUCACUUAAUUGGAUGUGGCCAGAUGGCGGUAAAUCGGAGGCAAAGGGCGACAAAGCCGGUGCCAGGUACGGAACCGGGUAUUGCGAUGCUACAUGCGACCUAGGUCAAAGGUUCGUCGAGGGAAGAGCCAAUUACGGUGGAUGGGUUCCUUCAAAGCACGACCCAAAGUUGGGCAAAGGGCGUCUCGGUGCAUGCUGCGCCUCUUUUGUGCUAUGGGAGGGAAAUAUAGAGUCUACGGAUUUCAGCUUUAGUCCAUGCCUUCCGCCGUGGUAUCAUACAUGCAAGGAUGAAAAGUGCUCAACAAGGUGUUUCGCGUUCGGUUGCAGCUGGAACCCUAAUGGGAACCGCCAGAAACCGUUCUUCGGUCCUGGGCCAACCAACACUAUCGACUCGACAAAGAAGUUCAGCGUUGUGAACCAGUGGUUCGCACAGCAGACACCAAGAGUAAUUGCUAUCCUGAAAACUAGGGCCACGUACUAUAUCCAAGAUGGGAAGCUUUACCGCAGCGCACCAUCUGACUACAGACCCAACGGUGCUCUGUUUAAUACCAUGAAUAAAGGUUUCUGUAAAAAGAUGGCUUCGGAUUUCAAGUGGGGUAAGCGGUGGAGAAGAGCUGGUACAUGGUGGCAGCGAGGUCGCGGCAACCAAUACAUGAUGGUGCCUGUCUUCAGUUUAUUCCGAGAUCGAGAGUAUGACAAGAUCUAUCGUUUGGAGAAUGACGGGAAAGAGUUUGACGACCUACCUCGCAACGCAUCUGUGACUUUCUCCAACUUCAGGAUCGGCACGAUUAACCAGACUUUUGUUGAUAUGCUUGACCCAGAACUGCGGCCAAAGGACUUGCCUCAUCGGCGUGGUAUCACAUUUCACGAAAAGGAUCAACCGAAGCCUACAGGUUGGGGAGAAGACCAGCUUUGA